AUGCGCUUCUGGUGGCCGGACUGGCAACCCCGGGAGCGCUCGCCGUCCACCGACAGCGAGUGCUCCACGGCCAGCCACUCCAGCCUCGCCAGCGACGCGUCUUUCUAUAGCGCGGCCAGCGACGGGGCUGGGGCGGCUGAGCUGGCGGACGUCCGGGCGGGGGCGGAUCCGCUAGGGCUUCGGUUACGCAUUGGGGAUCCGCCCGCCCCCGUUUUGGGCUCGGCCGGAGCCGAAAAUGGCCCCGGCGACCCUCCACGCGCGGCGCCGCUGCUCGGCACCGGCGAGGAGUUGGCCGGCGCAACUUCGGGCACGGGUCCGCGACCCGCUGCGCCCAUUGCGCCCAUUGCGGGACCGCGGGCCGGGCCCUCUGGCGGCCAAGCCGAGGCCCGGUCCGCCGCUUCAACCUCGCGUCGCUUCGCGGCGACGGCGAGCAGACGCGGGCCCGCGGACCGUCCGCCGGGCGGGACCGGGCCCCGUUCACUUGGCCGCACUAUGCCCGGAUCCCGGGCCUCUCGUGCGCCGCGCGGCACGGUCGCCACAGCCGAAGAACACGGCCUCGAGGACGCGGCGCUUCGGCGCGGCGGGCGGAGCGACGGCUCCUGCGCAGCCCCCACGCCUGCUACGGACCCCCACGCGCGCCGGUUGGCUGCCCAAGACCCCGCCGCCGCCGCUCCGCCUCUCCUCGCGCCCCCGCUGCCCCCCAGUGAUGUUGGCCGACCCGGCAGGGCGGCCGGCAGGCUGCCCGUCAGUGGAGCGCCCGCAGCCGCCACGGCGCGCGCUCCCACGGGCAGCCAGGGCCCCGACGACCUCCGCCGCGCCCAGGACGACGACGGCGACGGCGACGACGCGGACGGCCAAGACGACCCCGCUGCCGCCACCAAGCCCCGCCCGGACCCUGCGAGUGUGUUGCCCCGGCCCGGCAGGGCGGGCGGCAGGCUCGCCGACAUGCCAACGCCUGGAGCCGCGCCGGCUGCGACUGCUGCAGCUAUUGCUGAGGCGGCAGUUGCAGCUGACGCUGCGGCUCGAACUGCCGACCAAGUCGCCGCGCAGGAGCCGGUGCAGACGACGUACGCACACAGCGCCACCGAGUUCAAGUGCAGCGUGUGUGCGUACGUCGCAGGCAACUUGGCUACGCUCGUCGCCCACCGCAGAUCGGCGCACCGCGGCACCCGCUUCUCCGACAUCUUCGACAGCGGGUGCGCGUGCAGCCUCGUGUUCCACUCGCGGAUGGCGGCGACGAGCCAUGCCCUCGCCUGCGCACAGCGCGCCUCGCAGGCGGCGCCUUCCCCCGCAGAGGCCAUGGACGUUGACCAAGGCCGCGUCCGGCCCAGGCAGCGCCGCCCAUCGCCUCGCCGACCCAGCGAGCGACGCCCGGACGGCAAGCGCCGCCGCCUCAACAGCGAAGACGACGCCGACGCCCAGAAGCCGGCCGAGCACCUGCAGCUCGCGGACGAGGACGGAGUCGAGGACCCACCCCAAGCGCACAAGCCAUACGCGGCCAGCGCUCUCUCGGCCCCUGUCCUCGCCGUGUAUGUGCACAACGCGGAGCGCUUCACGUGCACGCUGUGCACGUUCACGGCAGCCAGCUUCAGCUCCUUGCAGAGGCAUCGGACCACUCGGCACCGGCGCGCAGUCUUCCAGGACAAGUUUCUGGCGGGCUGCGCGUGCGGCACCCCCUUUGCGUCGCGGCCAGCGGCAGCUAAACACGCGCAAGCGUGCGCCGGCCGUUCGACUGCACUUCCAGCUACGGCUCUGCCAGUGGCAGGGACAUCAAGCCCCACCGCUGCCGCAGCCAACGCCACCGUCGCGGCGGCCACUGUCACGCCCGACUCGCCCCAACCAGCAACCCCGGAGCUCGCAGCGUCCCCCCCGCUUGCGAGCCCCACUCAUCCCGAAGUUGUUGAAGUGCCGGAGCAGCCGAGCCAGGGACGAUGGGGGCCAGCGCUACCCCGAGCUCUGGUCGCUGAACGUGUCGCCGCGCGCCUUGGUGCCAUUCCAGCACCACGCUGGGAACCUCCGCUGCCCCGAGAGCUGGUGUCCACCCGCAUAGCUGCGCGUCUCGGUGAGGUUCCGGCGCCUCGCUGGGGCCCACCGCUGCCGCGCCGCAUGGUGGCGUCUCGGAUCGCCGCUCGCCUGCUCCCACCAGAGCCGACGGCUGACGGCGAGACCAAGGAGGACACCUCGGCGGACGGAGCCGACCUGACGGCCAGGGACGCAAACCAGGAGGACAACCCGGCGGCCGCACCCGACCGGACGGCGACAGCGGCGGCGAUGGACGUGGACAGCGGCACCGCCGGAGAGUGGCUGCUGCGCUUCGACGGCGCCUGCCGCGCCAACCCAGGACCCGGCGGAGCUGGUGCAGCGCUGUUCAAGCCCGACGGCUCCGUGGUGUGGACGUGCUCCCACUACAUGCCGAGCAGCAGUGAAACGAACAACACUGCCGAGUACUCGGCGCUGCUGCUCGAAGCGCCGCGUCCUCGAGGCCGUGUUCUUCGGCCGUGUACUCCGUGCCGCGCGGCGCACGAGAGGCCCGGGAUCCUGGCAUAG